GCCCGUGGACCGGCUCGACCAAAAGGUCCAAAACCCACGCGCCGGCCGCCGCUCGCCACUCGGCCGUCGCCACGCUACGCUCCUCCAGUCUCGCCCACGCCGGCGUCCUCCUGCCCCUCCCCUCACCGGCACGCACGCCUCACGAGCCGCGUGCUCCUUUAAGCGCUCGGCUCGUGGGAUGCGCCACCUGCUCCUGCUCCGCCGCCUCCUCUCCUCCCCCGCCAUGGCUCGCGCUUCCGUCUCCAGCUCCGCCGCCGCGGCUAAAGCCCUCCUCCCCUUAAACCGCCUCCCUUCCCUGCUCCCCGCGUGUCGCCUCCCUGCCCCCGGUAGCGGCCGCGCUUUCCGCGGCGCCUCGCUCCGGUGCUAUGCGGCGGCCGCCGCCGCGGUGGCCGAGCAGGGCCGCAUCAAGGUCCAGAACCCCAUCGUCGAGAUGGACGGGGAUGAGAUGACGCGGGUCAUAUGGAGUAUGAUAAAGGAUAAGCUCAUCUUCCCGUACCUGGAGCUGGAUGUGAAGUACUAUGAUCUUGGAAUUCUCAACAGGGACGCCACCAAUGAUGAGGUCACCGUGGAGAGUGCAGAGGCUACAUUGAAGUAUAAUGUAGCUGUUAAGUGUGCAACAAUCACGCCUGAUGAGACAAGAGUCAAAGAGUUCAAACUCAAGUCUAUGUGGCGGAGCCCAAACGGCACAAUAAGAAAUAUUCUAAAUGGCACUGUUUUUCGCGAACCCAUCUUGUGUAAAAACAUACCACGUAUAUUGUCUGGCUGGAAGAAACCUAUCUGCAUAGGAAGGCAUGCAUUUGGUGACCAGUAUAAAGCAACUGAUAUGAUUAUUGAUGGUCCAGGAAAGCUCAAGAUGGUAUUUGUGGCUGAGGGAGCUGAGGCGGUGGAGCUGGAUGUCUAUGAUUUUAAAGGACCUGGUGUGGCAUUAUCAAUGUACAAUGUGGACGAGUCUAUUAGGGCUUUUGCUGAGUCCUCUAUGGCUAUGGCACUUUCCAAAAAGUGGCCUCUUUAUCUCAGCACCAAGAACACAAUCCUAAAAAAGUACGAUGGCAGAUUCAAAGACAUCUUCCAGGAGGUAUAUGAAGAGAACUGGAAGGAGAAGUUUGAGGAGAACUCAAUAUGGUAUGAGCACCGGUUGAUUGACGACAUGGUGGCCUAUGCUGUGAAAAGCGAGGGUGGGUAUGUUUGGGCGUGCAAAAAUUAUGAUGGAGAUGUCCAGAGUGAUUUCCUGGCCCAAGGUUUUGGUUCCCUGGGUUUGAUGACAUCGGUGCUGUUGUCUUCUGAUGGGAAAACAUUAGAGGCUGAGGCUGCUCAUGGGACUGUCACUAGACAUUUCAGGCUACAUCAGAAGGGGCAGGAGACGAGCACCAACAGUAUUGCCUCAAUAUUUGCUUGGACUCGUGGACUGGAACACAGGGCAAAGCUGGAUAAAAAUGAUAGGCUGCUGGAUUUCACACACAAACUUGAAUCUGCAUGUAUUGAAACGGUGGAAUCUGGCAAGAUGACGAAGGACCUUGCACUUCUUAUUCAUGGCCCCACGGUAUCAAGGGAGUUCUACCUGAGCACUGAGGAGUUCAUCGACGCUGUCGCUCAGCAACUGCGAGGAAAGAUUCAGGCACCAGCUGCGGUGUAAUCUUGAGCUUGGAGCCUGAAACAGAGUGAGCCAGUUUCGCUGUGCAUUCGGCGCACAUUUUGACCGGGGAGACGAGAUGGAUCUCAAACAAACUCGUUUUUUUUUGGUGGGUUACAGUUGAAACAUUUCAUGAUUGGGUAAAUAAUGGUCCAAAGAUCAGCGAAUUCAAAGCAGCAUUGAACACAUAUUACUAGUUUAGCCGUCCGUUAUCUUAUUUCCAUUUUCCAGAAUUUUAUCGGACCAUAUACUUGUAUAAGCAUGAGCUUGGUGGAUCGGUGUCCCUUUCCGCUCUUCUGAA